UUGUUCUCUAUUUUUGGGGGUAUUCUUUUUUUCUGAGAAUGGCCAAAAAGACUACCGCAUUACCGGCUGAGCCCAAGGAGCAGAACAGCCAGGUCGUCCAGGACAUGCUCCGCGAGGCUGACGAGAUCACGAACGAGAGUCUCGAGGCGUCCCGUCGCAUCAAGCAGCUCGCGAUGGAGAGCGCGGAAGUCGGCGGUCGCACCGUCGAAACGCUCCAAGAACAAGGACGACAACUCAACCGCAUCGACCGAAACUUGGACAACGUCAACGAGGACUUGCGUGGCGCCGAAAAGACGCUGACCAAGAUGGAGAAGGUCUGCGGUCUGUGCCGAUGCCCUUGUGGAAAGGCCAAGAAAUUCGAAUCAACAGAAAUGUACGAGCGCGACACGUUCGAUCCCGACCACAGCAAAGACCCGAACAAGAAGGGCAAGAACAAGGGCAAGGGGAAAGAGGCGGCUGCUGCUGCUGGUGGCGCAACCGCUGUCGUUGACAAACAACCCACAUCCCUCAGCAACGGCCGGGAGGACGAUGGCAUGUUCAUCAAGCAGGUCACGCACGACCAUCGCGAGGCCGAGAUCAACGAGAACAUUGGCGCGGUUGCCGACAUUUUGGGCGACUUGCGCCACCAAGCGAUGGUAAUGGGCACGGAACUCGACAAGCACAACGAGGUCCUCGACCGUAUUGAAAAGAAGACAGACAGCAACACUGCUCGUGUGGACGAGGCCAACAUUCGCGCAACCAAGCUGCUCGGCGGCAAGGCCAAGGCAUGAUGACAAAAAGGGUGGUGUUUUUCAAUGUUUGAGAUGAUGGUUUUGUUUUUAAAGUUGUAUUGUUCGUUGUCUGCGUUAUCGUGGAAUGAGGUUGCUGUUGUUUGUUGUUUGCCUUCCAUGAGUUGUUGGCGAUCGUUCAAUGAACAACACUUUGCUCUGCCUUUUUUUAUUACUGUCCUGUAUACCGUGAG